AUGGAAAAGCAGAACACUCUCACCCCAUUACAUACGCUGAUGCCUAGCAAACUAAUCCAUCUUGGAUCUGAUAUCACGCUUUCUCCACUUUCUUCAUCAUCUAAUCCGGCAAGUACUUGUCAGAGUGGUUUUGAUUCCUUUUAUUACUCCCAAGUCGGCUCUUCUUCGCUCGUUGGCUCAUGCAGUCCUUCCAUUGGACUAACUUCUGUUUUUGCCAACAACCAUCUAACUCAUACUCGGCCUUCAAGAGACUCUUCAAACAGCCUCCAAAAGGCCACAUGA